AUGCCUCCAGUAGCUACCGAGAACUCUUCGGCUGAUGCCGCCAAGGUCGAAACUCCUGCUCCUUACCUCAGUACUAUGCCGCAGAAGGACUUCAACUGGCAGAUUACCCUGGGCCAGAAGGUUGUUGCCAUCACCGGUGCAAACCGCGGUAUUGGUCUAGGUAUUGCGGAGGUGUGCCUCGCUAAUUCAGCAAAGAUGGUAUACUCUCUUGAUCUGAUGGAACCUGGCGAGGAUUUCGCAGCUCUGCAGAAGCGCUACCCCAACUUCAAUUUCAUUCAGACUGAUGUUACCUCUGAAGAGAGCGUGGAGAAGGCUAUCAACCAGGUUGUUGAGGAGACUGGCCGAAUUGAUGGUCUUGUAGCCAAUGCAGGCAUGACCAAGCACCAGCCUGCUUUGAAAUUUGAUCGCUCUGAGCUGGAGAAGCUUUUCAACCUUAAUGUCUAUGGUGCCUACUUCUGUGCCCAGAUUGCUGCUCGCAAGUUCAUCGAGCUCGGCAUCAAGGGCUCAAUUGUGAUGACCUCCAGCAUGACCUCUUACCGUCCCAAUCGAGCCGCCCCGUCUGCGCCAUACGGAGCAACCAAAGCUGCCGUUCGCAACAUGUGCCACACCCUCGCCAUGGAGUGGAGCAAGCACGGCAUCCGCGUCAACAGCAUCUCCCCCGGUUUCGUUCGCACCGCCAUGACAUACUACGUUGAGACUGCACCGGAUUGGGACCUGAAGAUGCAGUACUACGGUGGUAUGCCCCGUCUAGCUGACCCGCGUGAGCUAGGUGGCGCCUAUGUAUAUCUCCUCAGCGAUGCUAGCUCAUACACGAGUGGCAUCGACAUUCCCAUUGCUGGCAUUGUCGGCGCGUGGUAA